UUCAAAUAAAAUUUUAUUUUAAGAAUUUAUUUAAAUUGUCAUUCAUACAAUCUCUAAUAAAUAUUCUCUAAAAUCAAUGUCUGCCAAAAAAGUAGCUGCCAAAAGUGCGGCAGUUAAACAGACAGCCGGAAUUUUUAAGAUGUACAUCACUGCAGGAAAAGCAGCACCCUCGCCUCCUCUUGGUCCAGCAUUAGGUCAGCGAGGCAUAAACAUCAUGCAGUUUAUUAAAGAGUUUAACGAAAAAACAAAGAAUGUGAAAGUUGGUAUUCCUAUUCCCACUGUCAUAAAUUUUAAGGAUGGUAAAUUUGAUAUCUUUGUUAAAAAUCCUCCCGCUACUUAUUUUUUAAAAGCAGCAGCUGGAAUAGAGAAAGGAGCACAAAAACCAGGUCAUGAAAUAGUUGGUAGCGUUUCUCUCAGGCAAAUAUAUGAAAUAGCAAAAGUUAAAGGACAAGACCCAGGCUUUAAAAAUACGCCUUUAAUUGGUAUUUGCAAAACAAUAAUUCAUUCGGCGCACAGUAUUGGUAUUGCAAUUGUAAACGAUAAGGUAGAGUUAGAAAAACUUGAACAAGCGAGUUAACUCAAAAAUCUGCGUUAUCCGUAAUAUGGUUGUUAACGAUAUAACAUGUAAAUUUACGAUAUGGCGUGUACAUUUAUGAUGCGUGAGCGUGUACUUUCAUGAUGCGUGAGCGUUUACAAGGAGUAAAGGAUUAAUUUUAACGAAACAAUUUUAAAAAUAGUAACUAUUA